UGGGGAAAUGAAUGAAGAAGAGUCCGCGGCGAAUGAGAGACGAAGGGGAGGUGAUGAGGAGGGUGCACACCAGCACCAGCAGCAUCAUCAGCAUCCGAGUGAGGACUGGAGGACAAGAACUUGUAAGAAGCGGAGCUUGCAGGAGACACCAGUGCAGAUAGAUCGAUGCUCGGCGCCCUCUGAGAGCACACAAACACACAGAAAGAGCGCGGCUGCGGACGUUUUGGAGGAAAGACGACACGAUGAUUGCCACAACUCAACAAAACAUGACCACGGAGCUGGAGCUGGGGAGCUCGGACGGGCCCCCGCGGAACUGGAAGGGCAUCGGGAUCGCCAUGAUGGUCAUCCUGGCUGUCAUGUCUUUGGUCAUUCUCUCCGUCGUCCUGCUCACCCCUGAUGAAUCGCACUUGUUACGCCGCUCCCUUUUCACCAUGGACGACCUGGAGAGUGACGGGUUCAAGGUUCACGACCCCAGUGUGGCCUGGCUGAGCGAUAACGAAGUGGCUCUCCGCACCAGAGAGGGUCACAUCCUGACCUUCAGCCUCAACAACAACCUGACCACCACCCUGCUGGACAACACCUCACUGGACCUGACCGCCACCAAAUUCCAAGUGUCGGCAGACCAGAGCUUUGUACUCCUGGCGUACAACAUUCAAGCGGUGUUCUCUCAGUCCUUCACAGCGUCCUAUGCCACCUACAGUGUGGCCACUGGGGAUCUGCUGGAGCUGAGGCCACCACAGAAGGAGAAAGCCGUGUUGCAGUACGCUUCCUGGGGGCCUCAGGGGAACCAGCUGGUGUUUUUCCUUGACGGGGACAUCUUCUACAAGCCCGGCGUGAGCAGCCAAGCCCUGCGUCUCACGUCCACUGGAGGUCAGCACAGUCGUGUGCUCAACGGGCUCUCGGACUGGACUUAUGAAGAGGAAGUGCUGCUGUCAUAUGUCGCCCACUGGUGGUCUGUGGACGGCGCCCGGCUGGCGUACCUCAGCAUCAACAACUCGGCCACGCCUUUUGUGGAAAUACCAAAAUUUCUAGGCGGUCUGUACCCCUCCAACGCCGUCUUCCCCUACCCCAAGGCUGGCUCCAGCAUCCCAUCAGUCAGCCUGUUGGUGGUAAACUUGUACGGUCCGGCCCACACGGUGGAGAUGACGCCCCCCGAUUCUGUGAGGACCAGAGAAGGCUACAUCUCCAUGGUGACGUGGACCAGCAGCACCCGCCUGGCGGUCCGCUGGCUGAACCGGGCCCAGAACCAGUCGGUGCUGUGCGUGUGCGAGGCCACCACAGGGGCGUGCUCGGAGAAGCACAAAGUGUCCUUGGAUAUAAUGCACAGGCAGGCGCAGGACGUCCCCCUGUUCUCUGAGGACGGCGCCACGUUCUACGCCAUCCUGCCAGCCAAGCAGGGCGCCCGAGGAGAGUUUGGCCACGUCGCCGCUCUGUCAGCGCAGACCACCGUCUCCUCCGUCCCUGCUCGCUUUUUGACAUCUGGUAACUGGGAUGUCACCUCGCUCUGCGCCCUGGACGACAAGGCUGGAAAGAUCUAUUUCUUAAGUACAGAGGAGUCCCGACAAAGACGACACCUUUACAGCGUGGACGUGGAUGGUGCGUAUGAGCGCCAGUGCAUCACCUGUAACCUCCUCGAUGAGUGCCACUUCUUUGACGCCCAUUUUAGCCCCAAUCGCACCCACGUCGUCCUCCGAUGCCUGGGCCCAGGGAUUCCCAAAGUGACAGUCCACAGCAUAAAGGACCCUUCCAGAUACGUGGUCUUGGAGGACAACAGUCCCCUGUCCAAAGCGCUGGAGGACAAGCAUCUCCCCGAGACACUGUUCCGGACCCUUUCAGCUGACAGCCACGACGUGCACCUGAAGCUAUCUUUACCUCAAGGUUACGAGGCCAACCUGCACCCGCUGCUCGUCAUUGUAGACGGCCUUCCCAGUCAUCAGUCGGCGACGGAGGAGUUCUCCCUGGGCUGGCCUCAGGUCCUCUCCAGCGCCCACGGUGUGGCAUUAGCCUGGGUGGACAGCAGGAGCGGGGCCGGGCGCGGACAAAAGGCUGCCGCCAUCAAAAAGCUCGGCCCGCUUCAUGUCAGAGACCACCUGGAAGUCGUAGAGUUGUUGAUGAAGAUGCCCUACAUUGACCACCGCCGCAUGGCCCUCUAUGGAAAGGCCUUUGGUGGACAUCUCACCCUGAAAAUGUUGGCGGCAACAGAGAAGCUCUUCCAGUGCUCAGCUGCCGUGGCCCCAAUCACAGACUUCAGGCUUUAUAACGCCGCAUUCUCGGAGCGGUAUCUUGGCCUCCCGACGAAGGAGGAGCACGUUUACGCGACCGCCUCUCUGCUGGAGGAUGUCAGCAAACUGAAAGAUGAAAACUUUCUCAUCCUCCACGGAACGGCAGACGCGAGGGUACAUUUCCAGCAGAGCGCUGAGCUCCUGAGCCGCCUAGUGAGGGUGGAGGCCAACUACUCCCUGCAGCUCUACCCGGACGAGGGCCACACGCUGAGGGAACCGCGCAGCAUCCAGCACUUCCAGCGCACGCUGCUCAACUACUUCCUCAACUGCUUCAAGUAUAGCGUCCUAUUGGAUGCCGCCGAGGAAGAGGAGGAGGAGGAGGAGGAGGAUGAUGACUGAGGACUUUGGGAGGACUAUUGGAGCAGCGGAGGUGUGGUGCCGGACUACCAGGCUCAAGAGUACAGGAAUGGGGACCAAACACUCUUAGCUCCUACAGCUUCCACAAAACUGGAGGAACUUCACAUGUUAUUGCACACAAUUGUUUCUGCUCCAAAAAAAACAUCUUUAGUUACAAAAUACGCUGGAUGUAGUACAAAGGAGUAUUUGGGCCAUACUGAAAAGACCAAAAAUGAUAUACUUUGAGAACAAAAUUAUAAACUUGCAGGAUUAAAAUGUGUAUUUUCUUUUUUUUUUUUUUAGAAAAAAAGCAAUUUUUUAGAGGACAGAUGUUUUUUCUUGGAAAAAAGGUGUAAUAUUACGAGAAUAAAGUGGUAUUUGUUUAUUCUUAGACAAAUAGAAUAAAAUAUAUAAUACUAUUAUAUAUUAUAUUAUUAUACUUUUUUUCUUUUCUUGUGUUAUUUUUUUUUUUAUAAAUAAAUAUACAAUUAUUUCUCCGAAACACACAACUUAUACUGUUAGGGUGUUUUUCUAAAAAAAAAAAAAAUACUUUUUUCCUCAAAAACAUUUUUUUCUUAGAUUUUGGUAGAAAAUAUACCUUUGCCAAAAUAUACAACUUUAAUGUCGUACUCCUAUGACUUAUUUUCUCAAAAACAGUAUUUUUCUUCUCAAAAAUAAAUGUUAAUCACGUAAAGUUAGGACUUUAUGCUCAGAAAAAAUACCACUUUUUUUCUUAAAAAUAUUCAACGUUUUUUUGGAAAAAAGAAAUCAUUUUUUGUAAACAAUUAUUUCUCUGAAAUGCACAAAAAAAAUUGGUGAAAUAGUAAUUUUCUUCUUGAAAAUGUACAACUUUCAUCUUUUAGGACUUUAUUCUCUGGAGAAAUACCACUUUUGUCCCUAAAAAAUAUACAACCUUUUUCUCGGAAAAAAAAAAAAUCACUUUUUUGAACAAAAUAUACAAUUAUUUCUCCAAAAUACACGACUUGAUACAACUGUUUUCAACUGGAAAAAUACCAUUUUUUUCUCCUGUACAACUUUGAUCUUGUAAAGGUAGGAGAUUAUUUUUGGGAAAAAUUCCACUUUUUUUCCCAAAAAAUGUACAACCUUUUUCUUGAAAAAAAUAAAAAAAUAAAAAAAAUUUGUAGAAAGUACACAUUUGCCAAAAUAUACAACUAGAAUGUCGUAAUCUUAAGACUUGUUUGUAGAAAAAUAUUACUUUUUUUCCUCAAAAAUAUACUUUUUUCUCCCAAAAGAUUUUUUUAUAUACAAAAUAUACAUUUCUCUUUAGUUUCUCUUUAGUUUCUCAACUUUAGUUUCGUAAUGAUAUAACUUUGUUCAUGGAAAAUACUACCUUUUAAUCAAAAAAACUUUACUUGUACAAUUAGGACUUAAUCUUGGGAAAAAAAAUAUUUUUUCCUCAAAAAUCUACAACCUUUUUUUUUUUUUUGCAAAAAAUAUACUUUAGCCAAAAUACAAAAUUUUAAUCUCGUAAAGUAGGACUUUAUUCUCUUGACGAAAAAUAGCACUUUUUUUCUCAAAAAUAUACAACCUUUUUCUUUUUUGUAAAAAAAAAAAAAAAUAUCCAAUUAUUUCUCCCAAAUACAUAACUUUGACUUUUGUGACUUUUUUUUCUGGAAAAUUACUAUUUUUCUUGAAGAUAUACAGCUUUAAUUAUGUAAUUAGGAAUUGAUUUUAUAGUUUAAAAAAAACUGUUUUUCCCCAAAAAUAUACAAUCCUUUUCCCCCAAAAAAUGUUUUGGGUAAAAGAAAAUGUAUAAUUAUUUAUCAAAAAUAUACAACCUUAGUGUGUAAUGUAAUGACUUUUUUUUCUAGAAAAAUACGACUUAUUUCUCAAAAAUAUACAACUUUAAUUUACUGCUUUCAUGAAAAGUAAAACUUUUUUGAAAAUGGCCAACUUUAAUCUUGUAACGUUAGGACAUUAUUCUGAAAACAUUUUUUUUAAAUGUCGUCAAAAAUACACCACCAUUUUCUCCCUUCCAAAUUUUUUUGGGGUUAAAAAAAUAUAAAUUGUUAACAAAAAUAUACAACUUUAAUCUCCUAAAUUCAUGACAUAUAUUUAAAAAAACAUCUUUUUUUCUCAAAAAAAAAUACAAAUUUAAUGUAGCAAUGUUACAACUUUUAUCUUAAAAGAAUACAACUUUUUUGUCUCAAAAAUAUAUUUAACUUUUUUUUUUAAUUGUUAUUCUUUUAAGGGUAUCCUUUAUUGUCGUUAUUGUUUUUUUUUCAGUAGCGAGCUUGUAAUACUCCUUUGUAAUACAAAAAGUGAAGGCGCCUUCGUUAAAGUACUACUAAUGUAAUUUUUUUAACCCGCGUGUUGGGUCAAGGAGGACGAAUAAACAAUUUGAGCAAAACAAUGAGCAAUGUGGAAAAACCUCCAUCCAAAAUCCACCAAAUCAACAAAAUUAUGACUUCACUGGAAAAAAAAAAAUUUUUGAAAGAUUUUGCAUUUUUAAUAUUUCCCUCCUGAACAGAUUUAUUUCUUUUUCAGUAGGACUGUACACAAAAUAAUUCACAUAAUUAUUUGGCCAGGUUUUUGAAAUUAAUUCUAAUGAUGUCAUUAAAAAAAAAUGUAAUUUGAUUUUAACAGUGGUGCGUUCACAAGCCGCGGUAUCCCCACGGUUUGAUGCAGGCUGACGAUUGUGCCAAAUGUUUCCAGGUUUCCCCCGUGUACAUACAGGCAUGUGAAGUAGUUUGCAUUUUUCUGUGUUAAAAAAAAACAACAAAAAGUCAUCACUCGACUCACUCGGCUGGUUCCACGCUCAAGCGCGAGUGCUGUGGUAUGACUGCUCUUUUUGUACAGCGUGUUUACGUCUCAAAUGGCGCAUAAUGGCACGCUUGAUGGACUUUACCGACUGGUUUGACGACGUGCGACAGCGUUGGGAUUGUUUACACAGCAAGGCCGUGAGCCUUCUGAGGUUUGUCUGUUGUGUACAGAAGGAGAUUGCCUUCACGUUUUGAUACUUUCCGGCAUUUAAAUCUUUUUGCGUAAGUUGAGGUUGUCUUCACUGGCCAUGCAGGUUGUUUGAUGUGGUCAGCGGUCCUUCAGAGUAAAGCUUACUUUGCAUGCCCCCGCCCCGACUUUGCACAGCAAGCGUUUUUAUCCACAAAACCGCCACAAUUAAAAAGAUCAAUUUCUGGUUUUGCAGCAAAAUUGUGCUUCCUCGUUGUCAUUAAUCAUCAGGGGUGUCGAAAGUGCGGCGCAGGGGCCAUUUUCAGCCUGCAAGCUUGUUUUUAUCGGCCCUCCACAUAUUGUAAUAAAUA